AUGAAAAAGGGUACAAAUGAUGAGUUCCUAUUUAUUGCAGGGACUCCCAUAAGGACUGUAAUACAAUCUGUUCUCUUUCAUUGUUUGGUUUAUGCAGGCACAGGCUUGCUACAGGAAGUGGUUUAUCUAGUGAGUCAGGGAGCUGAUCCAGAUGAGAUUGGACUAAUGAAUAUAGAUGAACAACUUCCAGUCCUAGAGUACCCUCAGCCUGGUCUGGACAUCAUCAAGGAACUGACAUCUCCUCGCCUCAUAAAAAGCCACCUACCAUAUCGUUUUUUGCCUUCAGACCUCCAUAAUGGCAAUUCAAAGGUAAUAUACAUGGCUCGCAACCCCAAAGACCUGGUGGUGUCUUAUUACCAGUUUCACCGCUCCCUAAGGACCAUGAGCUACAGAGGAACAUUUCAGGAGUUCUGCAGAAGGUUUAUGAAUGACAAGUUAGGAUAUGGUUCGUGGUUUGAACAUGUCCAAGAGUUUUGGGAACAUCAUAUGGAUGCCAAUGUACUUUUCCUCAAGUACGAAGAUAUGCACAAGGACUUGGCAACAAUGGUUGAGCAACUGGUGAGGUUCUUAGGAGUUUCUUAUGACAAAGCACAGCUGGAAUCCAUGGUGGAACACUGCCAUCAACUCAUUGAUCAGUGCUGUAAUGCAGAAGCACUUCCUGUUGGCAGGGGUCGAGUUGGGCUGUGGAAAGACAUCUUCACUGUUUCAAUGAAUGAGAAAUUUGAUUUAGUAUAUAAACAGAAGAUGGGAAAAUGUGACCUCACAUUUGAUUUUUAUUUAUAAAAAAUGCAUGCAUAUGAUAUCCAGAUAUAGCUAGAAGUGCUUUAUGCAUUCAUUUAUUACCUGCUGGACAAACUACUGUAGCUAUUAUGUGUAACAAGAUUUAAAGAAAGAAAAUCAAUCUAAGUAAACCAUAGCAGAUACAGUUAUCUUUGAUCCUAAACAGCUGUUUAUUUUUUGGUAUUUUAAUUCUUCAUCCACACACAAGAACUUCCUAGACAAUACUAGAAUAUUCAGCUGCUAUGGAAUGUAUUAUAUCAGUAUAAGGUAUGUAUUAUAUAUGCAACUAGAAUGUACACCUUUUCAGCCCCACAUUGAUUAUUUAAUGUUUUAUAAAAGCUUUUCACUAGAACCUAAAUAACUGUCCAUAAACCAAAUAAAUUAUUUCAGAGGGAAUCAAGUAACAGGCCAAAUCUGUAUGCUAGAAUGAUCUCAGGGGUUAAUCAUCAUAUUUAUUUUUAUAGUUGGUAAAUCAAGUAUAAAUAAAUCCCAUUCCAAAAUAGUAGCUGAUCAAAGUGGGGUUCACACUAAGUUCUGCGCACCCAUAUCUGUGUAAUUUCUGAGUAGGUUCUGUGUACUGGCAUACUCUGCAAGACAGGCCUUGUUAUGAAAUACAGCUGUGAUUGUCACUCUAAUCACAAAACCCACCCACGUUUCAGAUGGAUGUCUUCCUGAUGGGUGAAGUUCAGCUCCAUGCAGAAGGUCAGAAAACAGAAGCUUUCUAUGUCCCCAGCUCUCGCUCAGUCCCUCAAAACUGGGCUUAAAAGCAUAACAUCUGAUGCAGAGGUUUUUCUCCAGGAAUCAGGCUGACUAAUGUUGGUUUCCUGUGUAGAUCUGAAUUUCACCUGUUAGAUACAGGAAGAGAAGAUAAGGUGCUGCAUAUCCUCCAGUUCCACCAAAAGUUAAAAGCAUGCAGUACUAUUUUUGUGCUACUGGACUCCAUCACACCUAACCUAAGGCUGGUUGUAUGUGACACAGUAAGAAGGGAGAGGAAACAGCAGCGUUGAAGGAAGAGAGUUUAAAAAUACAUCACCAGGUGGGAGUACUGUAUGCAUGAUAGUUUCAGUAAUUGUAAGCUAUGACUCAUCUGGAUUAUAAUCAGAAUUCAAGUUUAUUACUUUAUCUUUUUUAUUUUCUAUGACAGGUAUGCAAACAGCCUGAAGUAGGCUACUAUCAAUAUAAAGCUUUCCAGAAUUAUUUUAUUCUGUUAGGUAAUGACAUCAAUGCCUUUUAGGUUCUCAGCUGCAGGAGGCCCAUUUUUGCUGGUCAAAUACUCAAUCUCACCAAAAGCUGUGAGGAAGGACUAGCAGAUUUUUAGUGUUUCAGUUCUGUUGGGAAACAAACUGUCAGUUCAGCUGGCAAGUGGUGUAGCAUGAUGUGGCUUGACAGCACUUUUCCUUGUAUAUUUGUGAGUGAAAACGCUUUCUGUGAAAUUUUAUUUCUAUUUUUAUAUUUUUAGUACUGUAUGAAUAUUAAGCACUACACAUUAUACUUCUGUGCUUGCUCGCUUAUUGAAUAAAAGAUGUGUUCCAUG